AUGUUGUUGUUCCGAACCCAAACUGUGUACGUGCCAGAUGUCAGAGGACAGCGGCCGGGGGAUGUUUCUUUGCGCGAGGAAGACUCCAGCAGGGUAUUCACACUCGAGAGCUCGAGGAAGAAGGUAUCCCAAGCUGAUCCGAAAACAAUCAUGGCGUUUCGUGGAACUUUGGCCAGACUGCCUGCUCUGAGGACUUCGGUUCUGAGCACAAGUCCAAGAAUCCUAGCGGUUCCUGCCAGGCAGACCCACAGCACAGAGGAUAGGCGCAAGGAUAUGGUUAUCCAGGCUACUCCUGCUGUUGCUGCUGCGUGUGGCAGUGCCAUUCCAGCUGGAAGAUUGGGACUGAGAGAUCACCAUGUUAACAGACUGGAAAAGCACUUGUUGGUUUGGGGCGGAAAGUACAAGAAUGUUGCAGAUGUUCCCGACUUGGUUAGCCAAGAUUCGCUGGAACGUGCCCGCAACAUGGCAAGGAUCAAGAUCAACAUUUGGAUGGCUGUUGCAACCCUGUUUGGCUGCAUCUGCAUGAUCUGGUCGGGCAAGAAGGCACACCGGGAGGGCCAGAGUCUCCUGAACAUGAAUGUGGAGUGGCACAGGAGGGUGAAUGAGGAGGCGAGGCUGGCCAAAGAGAGGCAGGGACGCUUGAAUGAAAUGCCGCAGCUGUAGGGAGGGAAUCUCUGCUGGCUAGGUGAUGCUCACUUGUUUUUUUCGUAAAGCUGGGAGAUUAGUACAUGAAUUUCCCUGUUUUGUAUUUGGAAGUUAUCUUGAAAGAGGAAGAGGAAGAGUGUUGGAUUUGUGUUUGUGUUUCUGAUAUUUUUAUGUGGGGUUGAGGGAAGGCAGAGAGAGAAAACGUGGUGUUUUCUCGUAUAUUCUGCAGAUAACUCUUCAGUUGUGGGAAAAGUCUUUAUUUCCUAAAUAACCUUUGAAGGUUUUAUACACAGCAUCUGAAAUAGUGCUUUACAACCAAUGACAAAACAAGGUUUGUAUACAGUUGAAUGAGCGUUGUCAUCGAAACAAAAUCAGCUUAGUCUUGAUUUAUUAAUCUUUGUUCCUCCCAUCAAGUGAGUGGAUGUCCUUCAGAAGAGAGUCAAGGAGAAUAUCCACUUAAAAAAAAUACAACCUCAUUACAACAGCGACAUUCCUUAACAACUCCCCCAGCAAGACGUGUUGUGAUGAACUGUGUCUUUGAGGAGGACGGAGACAGUGCUUUGUGAUGGAUUAACUCAGUCCAGAGAAGCGCGUGUGUUCAUAUUGGGAUUCCACGUUGGCCCAGUGUGCCCACGACUUCCUGUCUAGCAGUCCAG